ACGAGGAUGCAAAGGGGGAAUAACGAUGGGGAACGAAUAUUGGGAAGCGGUGACUUUUCAAGGAGUCACCGCCAUUCCCAAACCCAUUUUAAUGGACAUGACUCCCCACUAGAGACGUGGAGGAGAAUAAAGGGAAGUAGAGCGGGUGAUGAGGAGGGGGGAAGAAAAGGGAAGAGGAGGAUUAAAGUUUACUCCAACUUUCAGACCAUACAAAAGCUGAUAUUGUUGUUAGAAGACUGCUGCGUGGCAGGGAAGAAGGUCUUCUACGGCAGAGGCAAGAUACCAGAAGGAAGAGAGACGCAGAUAAGGACAAAGCAGCAAUACAAAGACAACAUCAUUGAGGCUACUCCAACCGUACCAAUCAUUCAGGUAAUGAUUGGUUCCACUCUCAAUAUGCUCUCUUUUCUUUUAUACUCAUGCAUACAUGCCUAUGUAUUUCUUUCUUGCACCAGUUGUGUAUAGCUAGUCUCACGGCUCUUUGUGUGGGACGCAUGUUUGAAUAUCAAUAAAAAUACCUCAUUUUCAGAGGAGAUGUUUCUCUCC